AUGGACGAAACAAUGAGUGAUGCAGUCGAUCACCCCGAGGAGCAGGAGCAGGAAGCGACCGAGCAGAAACUCAUCAACGAGGAGUACAAGAUAUGGAAGAAGAACUCCGUCUUCCUCUACGACUUGAUGUACGGAAGCGCCCUCGACUGGCCCACGCUCACUACCCAGUGGUUGCCCGACAAGAAACCGGUAGAAGACACCCACAUGAGCACGCAUCGCAUGAUUCUCGGCACACACACCUCCGGCGCUGCCCAAAACUAUCUCCAGAUCGCAAGCGUUGAGAUCCCAGACUUCCGUGUCCCCGAUCUGUCAGACGUGAAUGCCCACACCGGAGAAGUUGGUGGCCAUGGCAACUCCAAGAAGCCAUUCACCUUCAACAUUGUCCAGAAGAUCAACCACCCCGGUGAGGUGAACAAGGCGCGCUACAUGCCCUCUAAUCCCGACAUCAUCGCUUCGCUGUGUGUCGACGGUAGAGUCUUGAUCUUCGAUCGCACCAAGCAUCAGUCGACCCCAAAGCCCGAUGGCUCCAUCAAGUUCGAAGUGGAGCUCGUCGGGCACGAACAAGAGGGCUUCGGCCUAGACUGGAGUCCGCUCCUCGAAGGCCACCUCGUCACCGGAAACGAAGACGCCACCGUCAGGUCCUGGGACAUGAAGGGCGGCUACACCAAAGCAAACAAGAGCCUCGCUCCCGAGCGAACAUGGAAUGUGCACACUUCCACUGUCAAUGACGUCCAAUGGCAUCCCGAAUACCCGUACAUGAUAGGCUCUGUAUCCGAUGAUCUGACCUGGGCCGUGAUUGACACCCGGAUGCCAUCACAUAAGAAGGCCCUGUUCAAGACUGCAGCUCAUGAAGACGCUGUAAAUUGCUUGGCUUUCCAUCCUAAGUGGGAUGUGAUCAUGGCAACGGGUUCCGCAGACAAAAACAUCGCCCUAUGGGAUCUCCGCAACAGUGAAAAACGGAUACACACUCUUGAGAAUCACACUGAUUCGGUCAUUGGGCUCGAAUGGCACCCCCAGGAAGAUGCCAUUUUGGCUAGUUCGAGCUACGACCGGCGCAUCAACAUGUGGGAUCUCAGCAAAAUUGGGGACGAGCAGACGCCAGAUGAGGCUGAAGAUGGCCCUCCUGAAUUGCUCUUCAUGCAUGGCGGCUUUACGAACCGCAUCUGCGAUUUCAGCUGGAACAAGAAUGACCCGUGGGUCAUGCUCGCCGCAGCAGAGGACAAUCAGCUCCACAUCUUCCGUCCGGCGCGCACGCUUGUCGAGCCACUGAAGAAGAACGUGAACAACGGAGAGGUUUCAGACUAA